AUGGCUGUGGGCUGCCUGCUGGUGCUGAUGAUUAUGGUGCUGACCAGGGCAGGAGCAGUUCCUGGCCCCAAGCCCCUCGGGGUCCUCCCGGAUGAAAGGGGCUGCCACUUGGCCCAGUUCCAGUUUCUGUCCCCGCAAGAGCUGCAGGCCUUCAGGAGGGCCAAGGACACCUUUGAAGAGUCGCUCUCCCUGAAGGCCUGGAGCUGCCGCCCCCGCCUCUUCCCCAGGACCUGGGACCUGCAGCAGCUGCAGGUGUGGGAGCGCCCCGUGGCCUUGGAGGCUGAGCUGGCCUUGACCCUGAAGGUCCUGGAGACCAUGGCUGACUCGUCCCUGGGGGGCAUCCUGGACCAGCCCCUUCACACACUGCGCCACAUCCACUCCGAGCUCCAGGCCUGUGUCGAGGCUCAGCCCCCAGCAGGGCUCCGGCCCCGAGGCCGCCUCCACCACUGGCUGCACCGGCUCCAUGAGGCCCCAAAGAAGUCCCUCCGCUGCCUGGAAGCCUCUGUCAUGUUCAACCUCUUCCGCCUCCUCACCCGGGACCUGAAAUGUGUGGCUAGUGGAGACCUGUGUGUGUGA